AUGAUCAGAGCACUAUCCGACACUCCUCUUCUCGAGGAUAUGAUUUCUCCAGACUCCAAAUUUGUUGGAGAAGCACUCGAGCAGAGAGAUGUGCGAACGGUUUUUGUUUCGGCAAAGGAAGAUAGUAAGGAAAGAGAGAAUCGUGUUAUUUUGAUGAUUGGACCAUCAAGUUCCCAAAAAUCAGAUCUCAUUGAUUUUUUGUGUAACUUUUUUUAUGGAGUUGAUUCAAUGGAUCAGAAAAGAUUUCAUAUUGCAAAUGAAAAAUUCAACCAAGAAACCCCACAACGUCCUGUUCAAUGCUACAUCUUCAACGAUACAGUUAUGCCAGUAAGACCUGUGAUAUUGGAUAUGAUAGGGUGCGGAGAUUCUUAUGACGACUUUGAUACACCGUCCCUUAUCAACAAAUGGCUCUUGAACAACUGGAAAAUGAGAUUGGAUAUGAUUGCAAUUGUUUUUUCGGAUCUCCAUAGAAUGAGCAUGCAUGAAGAAGAUCAAUUGCAGCAGGUUCUCGCAGAUCUUCCAGAACACGUUCGAGAUAAUACAGUGGUAUUCAUCACUGCUUCAGAUGGGUCCAGAACUUUUGAACCGUUGCUUCGGAGAUUCGGUCUCUCGGAUUGUCCCAAGUACACCAUCAAUACUGCGUGCACAUUUCAAAAACAAAUUGAAGACCGACUGAAUGACGAGCAUCGAAGAAGGUACUGGAAGAUGUCCGUGAAUCAGUUUAAUAAUUUUAUGGAGAGAGUUCAGGAAGCCACACCGGUUACGAUCUCCGGUCUUCCUUACAUUGACGAUGGUAUUUAUGGAGUCCAAGAGUCGGCACAGAACUCCUCACGUAACAGUGUCUACUCAUCGAGCAAAUCCACUGUGAUCGAAGUGGAGCAAAACUCGACGGCACAGACAACAUCUCAACAGAUCAUCAAUCGCCCAACAACAUCUCCACCCUCACCCCCACUGACACCAAUUCCACAGUCGAAUCCACCACCGGCGCCGCCUGGAAAGCAAUCCGCACCUCCUCCACCGCCAAAGCCAACAAAUCGACCGCCACCUAUUCCGACAUCUCCGCCUCCUCCAAAACCGCCGACAACAAGUGAGCCUGUCGGCAUACCAUUGUAUAGUGAGAAGCAUCAGCAACAACUUCGAUCACAAACAACAAGCGCCGUCUCACCGCCAAAGCCUCCAAGUUUCGCGCCGCCUGUACCGCCUGCUCUAAUCACUGACACUUCGACCACCAACGCUCUAACAAAUGCAAUGUUCGAACAACUGAAGUCGUCUAGUGCUCAAUACGAUUACGCAACAUAUGGAAGCGAACGGGCCUACUCCAGCCAAGUGGCAUAUGAUGUACCUCCAUCCGAACACUCUCAAGCUGCCAACCUUGGUAAUCGCCGGCAUAGUGUCCCAGACGAUAUUCGUCAUUACGCCGACGAGACAACUCCACCGCCUGUUUUGCACGACGUCGCCGAUCGAUACUCCACAGUGGCUUAUAUGAACCACGAGCCAAACCAAUACAACACCAGAAUCUACUCCCGGUCGCCUACUCGUAGUCAAGUCGGAGUCCGCGACGCUCAUCGUUUAAGUCGAGACGAUUUGCGAAUCGUCGAUGCACACAGUAGUCCCAGUGACUCACAAUCGGAAGAAUUGAGAAGAAUGUACUCAGGAAGAAGUGGGAAUUCAGUCAAACCAACCGGCGAUAUAACCGCGCGUUACGUUUACGACACUGCUAAUCGCAAUUAUACAGCCUACGGGGAAAGACAAGAGCGACAAGAAAGACAGUCCUACACCGCGUACCCAGCUCAAGACAGAAAGCGGUGGUCUAGAUCGUCGGAGCCACGAAGUGAAACCUACAUCAAUGACCCGUACUACUCUGGAAAAGAUGUGGUAUCUGGAUAUGGAGUCAUUGAAACUCGCCGCAGCCGUACCAGCCUUCACAGUCAUGGGAGUGUACCAGAACUUAUUCAUUCUGAAAACAAAUACGAUUAUCAACAAUUGACAGAUCAGCAAACUAGAGAACUCGAACGCCGUUCCAGACAAGAUCAAGAACGACGUAGCCGGCGACAAUCAGAAGGUAGCCUCCCGCUAUCAGGAGACAGGAAAAAAUUGUACAAAUCAAAACUUUCAGGAUCCCGUCAGAUCUACAUUGACCGCCAGAUUUCACCGGAGAGACAAAGAAAGGAUAAAUAUAAUGUAGGAGCGUAUACAAACGUGAAUAUGCACGACAAUCCGCAAUAUAAUCUUCCAAGAAGAGAUGUACUACCACCGCUGAUCCCACCAAAGCCAGUGAUUCAUAGAGUCAGCGGAGGAGAAGUCUACGAAGAUAAGAAAUCAUUCUACGAGGCUUAUAGUCAAAUCAACCAUCAACGUCCUCCAACUUACAUUGGUCAAGGUAUUCAGCCAAAUCCAAUUCAGCCACCACCACCACCACAACCAGCACAACCAACACCAAUAUUUCCACAGCAACAGUUACCACCACGCUAUGACCAAGUUCCAGAGUCUCAAUCCAAUCACUACAUCAUUCCGAAAUCGAUGCGCCAAGGAUCACCAAUUCAAGUACGGGUUCAGCUGUCCAGCAAGUCCCCUGAUACCAUUCGACGUCAGCUGCCACCACCAUCGCGACCAAUAUCUCAGCAACAACAAUACGACAACUAUGGAGAGCCGAUUUAUGUGGCAAGAACAUUGGCACCGGGAGUGACUGAAGAGACGAUAACGACUACAACAACCACUAGAAACGAGGAAAUUGAAAGGAAACGGAACAAGAAGAAGCGGGAGGACGAUGAGAGGAAGAAGUCCGCGGACAACGGAAGUCAGAAGAAUUAUGAUCCUUAUGUUUUUGACCACUCCCAUGAGUUCAAAAAAGACGCUGGAGGACAGAAUGGAGGAGGCUAUGACUAUGGUCGCUACGAUAACCAUCAACGUGGUAAGAACCUGUCAUCAAUUUCAACAAUUUUAAUUAUUCUUCCAGAUGUAGAGGAGGCCCUAAUGCAGGAGGAAUACAACACUCGACAUCUCAAAAGAACAGUUGAACAGCCACAACGACAGUAUCCAAAGAAAAAUGAGCAACGUCAAAUUGAAGAUGGGCAAUACUAUGGAAGAGAUAACAGAUACCAAAACAAUAAACGUGACAACAAGACAAGCCACAAUGAGGUAACAAGCCGGCGCAACGUGAUUGGGUGGUCUCCAUCCAACUACCGUAAUCCACGUGAUUGUUUUCUUAACUUUUUGUGCUUUAUUUUUGCUCCGCUAAUCAUCAUACUUAUUAUUGUGGUCAUCAUUGUCUUUGUCAUUAUUCAGUGA